AUGUGGUCGACUCCCUCCCUCCGAGCAAUCGCUCCUCUAGCAUUGCUACUUUCUCCUGCCGCCGCUCAAACGUGGAGUUCAUGCAACCCCCUCACAUCUGGAAGCUGCCCUCCCAAUCCCGCCCUCGGCCGGGAAGUCAGCAUCGACCUCGCCUCAGAAUCAGAUAGCUUCACCGUCACCGGCGGAUCGGUGAACUAUGGCGCAAGCGGUGCCGUUUUCACCGUCGCAAAAUCCGGCGAUUCCCCCACCAUUUCCUCCAUAUGGUACAUCAUGUUCGGUCGGGUGGAAGUGGUCAUGAAAGCGUCUCCCGGCGCCGGCCUCGUCAGCAGUGUGGUCCUGCAAUCGGAUACGCUCGACGAGAUCGACUGGGAGUGGCUCGGUGCGGAUCCCGCGCAAGUUCAGACCAACUUCUUCGGGAAGGGAAAUACCGAUACCUACGACCGUGGCGCAUUCCACCCCAACCCAGGAUCGCAAUCGGAAUACCACACCUACACAAUCGAUUGGACCCCAGAGCAGAUCGUUUGGCAGAUCAAUGGGCAGACCAUUCGAGCUCUCAAUCAGGCGGACGCGGCUGGCCAAUACCCCCAAACUCCGAUGCAGAUCAAAAUGGGCUCCUGGUCCGGAGGUGAUCCAGCCAACUCCCCGGGGACCAUCGAAUGGGCUCGUGGACCAACCGAUUACUCCCAAGGUCCCUUCUCCAUGUAUGUCCGGUCCAUCAAGGUUACCGACUACUCCAAAGGCACGCAAUACCGCUACAAGGAUACCUCCGGCACCUGGAAAUCCAUCGAAGCAGUCGGCGGCUCCGUCAAUGCCGUAGGCGGCGGUUCUCCCGUCGAAUCCGCUGCCCCCGCGGUGACAUCCAAGUCCACCGGCCAACCUCUCCCCUUCGAAGGCACCCAUCGCCAAUCGGAGUCUAUCACCACUCGAACCGGCUACCCCUGGGUCGCAGAACCGUCCAACCCUUCAUCCACAUUCGUGACGUCGUCGUAUCCGGGUCUUCCGUCUGGAUGGACCGUAUCCGGCUCCGGCAAGGUAAUCCCGGCCAGCUCGGCCCCUGUGAUCACCCCCUCAAUCCACCACCUCUCCCUCGCCUUCCUCCUCGCCUCCACCGGAUGCUGGCUCCGCCUUCGAUUCGACAUAUGA